GUUUUUACUGAUCCCGCGCGAACAUGUCGACCACUGUCAAGAGCCGGACGCCUACAAAAGAACUGGUUCAUUCCGGCCGAGCGGACGACGACAGCGGUCAAGAGAUGAUGUUCCUCAACGGUAACGAUACUGUGACGACGUCGUCUGGUGAUAACCAAAGUUUGCGACCUACUCCAAGAGCAUUAACGGUUGAGGCCGGACCGUCGCGAUCCCAUCCGUCGGUUUCGCUGGGAUUACCGAAGAGCGUGGUCAACGACGCCGUGCUGAACGUGCCCGAACUGCCACCCGAACGCCAAAAAUGGGAUAACAAAUUACAAUUCAUGUUGAGCGCCAUUGGAUAUUCGGUCGGAUUGGGCAACGUUUGGCGUUUCCCUUAUCUCGUCCAGCAGAACGGAGGCGGAGCGUUUCUGAUCCCGUUCUUCGUCAUGCUCUUGCUGGAGGGCAUCCCGCUCUUCCUGGUCGAAUUGGCGCUGGGACAGAAAUUGCGGCAGGGCUCGCUGGGAGCGUGGAAUAUCAUUCACCCGUGGCUCGGCGGUUUGGGUAUCGCUUCCACUUUGGUCGCCUUCCUCGUCGGCCUCUACUACAACGUCAUCAUCACCUGGUGCUUCUACUACCUGUUCAACUCCUUCCAGUCUCCGUUACCUUGGUCAACGUGUCCACUUGAUGCGAAUGGGACGGCUGUUAGCGAAUGCACGGCCGCCACCGAAACGGCCUACUUCUGGUACCGGACGGCGCUGGACAUUUCGCCGAGCGUCGACGAGCCCGUCGGCAUCAAAUGGUGGAUGGCCCUUUGCCUCCUGCUCGCCUGGAUUAUUGUCUACUUCAUCACCAUGCGCGGCAUUCAAUCUUCUGGCAAAGUCGUCUAUUUUACGGCUCUUUUCCCCUAUGCUGUUCUCACGAUUUUCUUCAUUCGGGGCAUCACACUCAAGGGAGCGGGAGCCGGAUUAGCCCACAUGCUACAGCCUCAAAUGCACAAACUGCUGGACCCGACCGUUUGGCUGGACGCGGCGACGCAAGUUUUCUAUUCGUUCAACAUCGGAUUCGGCUCUCUGAUCGCUUUCGGCAGCUACAAUCCGCCUCGCAACAAUUGCGUCAAAGACACGCUCAUCCUGUCCGUCUGCAACGCGGCCACGGCCAUUUACGCCAGUAUCGUCAUCUUCGCCAUCCUCGGAUUCAAGGCCGUCCGUUCCUACGAUCUCUGCGUCCAGCACGACAAAGGAUUAAUUGGUGAAAGAUUCCCCGGUCUCGUAGUCAAUGGCAGCCUCACAGAUGAGGCGUAUGCAAACUUCCUGGAAUUCCGCGAGGAAUCGAAAGAUUUGGGAUUGCGAGGCUGUAAUUUGGAAGCCAUCAUGAACGAGUCGGUCGAAGGCACCGGCUUGGUCUUUAUCGUCUUCACACAAGCCAUCGUCGAAUUACCGGCAGCUCCAUUUUGGGCCAUCAUUUUCUUCUUGAUGCUCCUGGCCCUCGGCGUCGGAUCGCAGAUCGGUACUCUCGAAGGUGUCAUCAGCACCGUCUUUGACAUCCAGAUCGUCCGCGGCGCCCGCAAAGAAGUCGUCUCCGCCGCUGUGUGCAUCAUCAGCUACCUGAUCGGACUGCUGUUCGUGACGGGAUCGGGCGAGUACUGGGUCAAGAUCUUUGAUUCCUUUGCUGGAACCACCGGUUUGAUCUUCAUCGCCCUCCUCGAAUCCAUCGCCGUCAUGUACAUCUACGGACAUCGAAAGUUCUCGCAAGACAUUCUCCAGAUGACGGGCCACAUGCCGGGCCCUUAUUGGCAGAUCACUUGGCGCUUCGUCGGACCCGUAUUGAUCAGUGUCCUCUUGGUCGCUUCCAUCAUUUAUCGCUCCUUUGACAAACCGGCGUACUAUGCGUGGAAUGCAGAAGAGGGUAAGAGCUUGUUGACGCCCUAUCCACAAUGGGUGUUGAUCGCCGGCGGUUUGUUGGCCGCCAUCUCGGUCCUGCCCAUUCCAGUCGUGUUCCUAUUGCGACGCUUCCAGUUCCUCCGGCUCGACACGGACAUCAACAAGGGUGUUAUCCGCCGCAACGAGACGACCAUUUCAACUAAACAAAUGAUGACCGACGUCGACGAGUAUGGAGACAACGCGAUCGAAGAAGAGGACGAAGAAGAGGCUUUAGGUCGCUUAGAAAUGACGACGUCCAAUCGGACGUUUACCAUUGGUCAUCGAGAUGAAAACUAACACUGAUUUGAUGAUGCAUCACGAUAUUCAAG